UCCUUCGUCGUCUCCAUCAGGCCUCUCGUCUCGUCUCAGCAUGGAUCGGCGGCCGGAGGGCGGCGGGGCGAGGAAGCGCGCGCGGGAGGAGCCGGACGCGGCGGACUUCCCCUUCGACGAGGCGGUGGCGGCGGCCGACGCCGGGGAGGCGUGGCGGAGGCCGCCGGGGGUGUUCCAGUUCCCGUGGCAGAAGUGCCGCGGCGGGCUCGGCGUCGCCGGCGGCGGCUGGGAGCUGCGGGACGUCUUCUUCCGCUCCCUCGUCGACGGCGGCGCCGCGGCCAUCGGCGUGCCGGGCGACCGCCUCGUCUCGCCGCCGCCGCCCAGCAAGCAGCGCGCGCUCUUCGACGACGUCGACGCCUGGCUCGCCGCCGCCGCCGACGGCGAGGUGGACCCCGUCUGGCGAUCGGCGAUCAGGGGCGCCGGGCCGCCCUCCGCGUCGGCGGUGUGA